CUUCGAUUCCGAAUAUCGCGAUACAUUCGAGAAUCGAAAGUGCUCCAUCAUCAUCGACGAGUCUCUCGAAUUUUUUUGUGUAUUAUUUUUAACGGAAUAUGGUGGAUAAUCAUUGAAGGAUUUACGCAUAAGUGAUGGAAGCGAUCGUUUCGAGCCAUGGAUCCCUUCCCAUACGAUGAUAUAUCAAUUUAUAUUAUACAGGAUAAGUCAUCUAAAUAUCUCUGUUAUUUACGAUUUUAUAUAAAAAAACCUUUGAGAGAAAGUGACAUUCGAAGAAGCAUAUCUAUAGACGAUUAGAGAAUUUUUAUAUCUAUUUAUAUAUACUUUUUUGUUUGCGCGAAUUGAUUUCUCGUGGCAUUUGGAAUAAAAAAAUAUAUAUGGGUACAAUAUCGAAAAUGAUUAAUUAACAAGAUAUUUUGUAAAUAUUUUUAUUUUGUAAAUAACAAGCAGUAUCUUUGUUUUUAAUUGAAGUUUACAAAAAAUAUUAGAGAAGAAAAAUGGUGAAUGGUUCAAAUUGGACUACGUAUUUACGAUCAUAUUUUUUUCACAAGUGAAAUAGAUUUAUUUUAAUGGGACCCCAUGAAUUUGUAAGAGAUCUUCGACCUCUCGAAGAUUAAAUCGAUCAAUAAAUAAUGCUUCUCUUUGAGAAAAUUAAAUAGAAAAAAAAGAGAUAGUGAUAAAUGUAAUCACAAGAAACUAUUAAUUCUCUCUUCGAAUAAAUCUUCUUCAACUCGGUAUAUUACGAAGUAUAUAAACAUCUUUAUCAGUUAUGUUAUACUCAGUCCACUUUCAAUGAAUACGAUGGAUUAUAUCAAUGAUAUUUCGUUCUUGAUGUUAGUUAUACGCCAGACAGCCAAGACGAUUGAUGUAUUCUCAUUGAUUCUCUUCUUCUUCUUCUGAGUCUUGCUUCAUAAUCGAAAAUUCUUCAACGAUAUAAUAUCAUUUUAUUCUCCACGAUAUUUCGAUUUUUCUGCAGAAAAUGGCGAGCUUCGUAUGCUUGGAAGAUUACGAAAAAUAUGCGACUAACAAUCUGCCGCCAAUUGUAAGAGAUUAUUAUAAAAGUGGAGCCGGUGAAGAAUCUAGUUUACGAUGGAACAGAGAAGCUUUUAAGAGGUAUCGAAUAAAACCUAGAUUUCUUCGGGAUGUUUCAAAAAGAGACAUAAGCACGACGAUAUUAGGUGAAAAAAUUUCUAUGCCAUUGGGAGUAGCGCCAGCUGCAAUGCAACGCAUGGCUCACCCCGAUGGCGAAUGUGGUAAUGCUAAAGCUGCCGAAGCAAUGGGAACGAUCUUUACACUAUCGACCAUAUCAACCAGCAGUAUCGAAGAAGUCGCCGAGGCAGCACCGAAAUGUAUCAAGUGGUUUCAACUUUACGUUUAUAUCGAUCGAAACAUAACGUUGAAUUUAAUAAGACGAGCCGAGAAAGCUGGCUUUAAAGCACUCGUUCUUACAGUGGACGCGCCAAUUUUUGGCGACAGACGAGCCGAUUUGAGAAACAAAUUUUCACUUCCUAAACAUUUGAGAUUAGCUAAUUUCGAAGGAAUAUUGUCGAAUAAAAUAAACACAUCUAAAACAGGAUCAGGUUUAAACGAGUAUGUUAGUGAUCUAUUCGAUCAAUCACUUUCUUGGGAAGAUGUUACAUGGCUCAAAAGUGUUACGAAAUUACCGAUCGUAUUGAAAGGUAUUUUAACUACCGAAGAUGCACUUUUAAGCGUGAAGUAUGGAGCCGCCGCCAUUAUAGUUUCUAAUCAUGGUGCACGUCAAGUUGAUGGUGUUCCUGCCACGAUCGAAGUCUUAGCAGAAAUAGCAAAUGCGGUAAAGGAUAAAAUAGAAAUUUAUAUGGAUGGAGGAAUUAGACAAGGCAUUGACGUUUUUAAAGCUCUUGCUUUAGGUGCUAAGAUGGUAUUCAUAGGUAGACCGAUGUUAUGGGGUUUAUGUCAUGCUGGAGAAAAAGGUGCAUUAAAUAUUCUUGGUAUGAUGAAAAAAGAAAUCGAUCAAGUCUUCGCUUUGACAGGUUGUACGACCAUAAAGGAUGUCACCAGAGAUAUGGUCGUUCACGAGUCAUGUUACAGUCACUUGUGAUAUUGCCUUCCACACGAUAAAACAAUUUUACGACAAUUUAUUCGACGUUACGUAUACGACAAUAUUAUAUUAGACAAUAAUGGAAAAAGCAUAUGUUCGUUGUUUAUCAUUUUCGGUAAGUUAAAAAAUAAUAACAUUAAUAAAACUACGAUAUAACAACAACAACGACACACACAUAUAUAUGUAUAUAUAUGAAAAAAAAAAGAAACAAAACAGAGGAACUAAGAAAACAAAAACGAACAUUAUUAGAAUUGCAAUUGUAGUAUAAUUCGCAAUACUCGUAUGGUUGGCAUUUUAUUGAAUAUAUAUCUAUAUAUAUAUUUUAUUUAUUUAUUUAUUUAUUUAUGUUCAUAUAUGUAUAUAUGUAUAUCAUAUGUAUACCCGUGUGUGUGUACUCCUUCCACUUCCCGUACUUGCGUGUGUGCGUGUUUGUGUAUAUAUACGUACAUAGAUACACAUACACGCACUACACACAUAUACAUAUACACAUAUAUGUACUUAUGUAUGUCGAGGAAAAUUCAUUCAAUAUUUUCCAUCGAAACGGAUCAUGCACGUUCGCGUUAUUCACGACAUUUAACAGCACCGAUCACCAAAGGAUCGAUUUUUUUCGAAAUCUAAUCCGUAAAAAUAAAUCGUUCUGUUCUUUUUUAUUUUUCUUUCUUUCUCUUCCUUUCUUAAUCAUUCACAAUGACCAAUGGAAUUCGGUACCGUCGUCACAAAACGUUUUGAAAUUUACAGCUUUUUUUUUUGCAAAGGUACAAGCUAGCCGCUUUGUAUUUUCUUUUUUUCGUUUUUUUUGUUUUUUCUUUUUUUUUCGUUUUCUUUUUUUAUUUUUCUUAUUCUCUUUGCACAAUAUUGUAUUUUCUGGAAUCUAUCAAUUUUUCUUUUGUUCCUUUGGUCUAAGAUCAUCUUUUUUCAAUGUAUAUGCCUCAUCGACACAAUUAAUAUUAUGUAUAAUAUGUAUACGCAAUAUACACAUGUUUAUACGAUAUAUGUAUAUAUAAUAUAUAUAUUUUUUAUUAUUAUUAUUGUUGUUGUUGUUGUUGUUGUUGUUGUUGUUGUUGUUGUUGUUGUUGUAUGUACGAUAUAUACACGCAUACACACGCUUGUCAUUCUGCCUCAUUGAACAUAGAAAUAUAUUCUAUUUCUGACGUUUGUUAUAUUCUUAGUUUCUUUUUUAUUCUUUCACUCGAUUUUUUUGUAAUUUUUUUCUUUCUUUUAAAUCAUUUUUCUUCCUUUUUAAUAUUUAUUUAUUUAUAUAUUACACGAACAUCUUCGAACGGGACGCGCUCUAUUUCUUUCUCUUUCUCUCUCUCAUUCCUUUUGGAAAUUUUCUUUACACGCCUUGCUUGAAAUUUUUUAUUAAAAUAGCUUAGACAAAUUCUAUGAAAAUUCAUUUGAAAUUUCUAACGAAAGGUUAAGCUUAUUAGAUUUUAAUAAAUUCCUCGAAGGUCGCUUGUAUAAAUUGUUAGAGAAAAAAGAAAGUAUAUUGAUACUAAUUCGGAUUUAAUUUCUUUCUUUCUUUCUUUCUUUUUUUUUUAUUUUCAAAAGAAUUUUUCUUAUUGCAUUAUUUAUCCAACAAAUAUAAUCGAAGAAAAUUGUCAAUUAUAAUUUAACAAACAUAAUAAUAAUAAUAUUAAUAAUAAUUCUCAUAAGCUAUUCAUCGUCCGUGUCAGCUUAUCCUUUCGAUCGAUAGAAUAAACAAUGAAAAAAAAAAUAUAUAUAUAUAAGAUUCUAUUUCGUACAGAUUUCAUUCAUAUUAGACAAAUUCUAAGUUCCGUAUUCGAUGAAGAGCGCGUCCAGUUGUCAGGAAAUAUGCUAUGUAACGUAUUACUACAUACAUAUUCGAUAUAUAUCGGAUUAAUCACAAUAUAUUAUGAUAACGAUAGACACACAGUGUUCGGUGAUCGAUUGAUUAUGUAGCGGUAGUUCCUGCGAGGAUAAUACAUAUGUAUAAUACACGUACGAAAAAGGAGAAUACACAUUAGUUAAUUAUUUGUGUAAGUAUCGAAGGAGGGUGAAGAAGUUAAUAGUUCAUAGUGAAUUAAUAAAGUAUAUAGCGAAUGUU